AUGCUCAACCCCUUGCUCUACAAGCUGGAUGUACGCAGUGGAAGUUCGUGUGCCUUGCCCUGGGCCUGCCAGUUCGGUAGGUUGGAAACGCUCAAGUUGGUUCAUGAAGCCGGGGCGCCACUCAACCAGAUCUGGGCAUCAAAGAAGCCGCUCCGAGAGCUUCCAUCCAACCCUUACCGCCACAGCCCGGAGUUUUACCAAAAGGUUGCACUCGGAUUGAAAGACGACAAAGACAACGGCGUUGAAAUCCAGGACGAUGGCUGGCUUGAGAUUUCUGACGUGGAUCUAGAGGGCUUCACCCACGAUUGGGAACAGGAUCUGGUUGACCAAGCGACCGAAGAAGCGGUCGAGGAGGAGCAAAGUGAUGAAGAAAGCGACACAGAACGGGUGGUAGACGAGGGUCCAUGUGAAGAGCCUUACGAACUGGAAGAAGAGGACCCUGACUCUGAAGAUCAUUUUUGGCCCGAGGAUAAGGAUGAAGCCGGGCAGCCACUCCUGAAGAUGGCUUCCCAAGACUCUCGAUACACCUGGCGCAACGACUUCUUCAGCCUGAACCGCCGCCCGCUCAAAACGGAGGACGACUCCCUUAGCGGAAGACCGCGACGCCACCCUCUGUUCUGGUGGCAUCCCAUUGACCUCGCUGUUCGUUUUGGGCACAAGGAUAUUAUCCGGUACCUGGUAGCGAACGGCAUUAGAGUUCAACAUGGAAUGUCGCGUGGGCUCUGCCGCCAAAGAGACAUUUCCUAUGCAUGUCCCAACGGAGGGUGCGACCACCAUACGCUCCCCCUCACCACACCAGGGCGACGAGGCCAUGCAGAUUUUAAAUACUUUGUCCACACUCUCCUCGGGCUGGUCGCGUGUAACGAGUCUGACGAGGGCAGGGACAUGUACCACUUUUUGCGGGAAAUUCACGGCUGGAGUAGGAUGCAGAUGCGUUUUGCUGGGGUAAUGGCGUGGUUGGGAUGA